AUGGGAAAUCCCGCCCCUAGAGCAUCCCUUACUUUAGGCAGCAUUGAGGAUUCGUACGCUGCUCCGGCAAACUGGAGGCGUUGGAGACGCAGCCAAGCAGGACUUCCAGGGCUGAUGGGUCCUAUUCAUUGGAAUAAAUUUUUCCCGAUUGCUGAUGGGGAUCAGCAAUCUCCAAUUGAGAUUAAAACCAAAGAAGUGAAAUAUGACUCUUCCCUGCGACCUCUGAGUAUCAAGUAUGAUGCAAACUCAGCCAAAAUCAUCAGUAAUAGUGGCCAUUCCUUCAGCGUUGACUUCGAUGACACAGAAGACAAAUCAGUUCUGCGUGGGGGUCCUCUCACUGGAAACUACAGGCUGCGGCAGUUUCACCUGCAUUGGGGGUCUGCUGAUGAUCACGGCUCUGAACACGUGGUGGAUGGAGUGAGAUACGCUGCAGAGCUCCAUGUUGUUCAUUGGAAUUCAGACAAAUAUCCCAGCUUUGUUGAGGCAGCUCAUGAGCCAGAUGGACUAGCUGUUUUGGGAGUAUUUUUACAGAUUGGUGAACACAAUUCUCAACUGCAAAAGAUUACUGACAUUUUGGAUUCCAUUAAAGAAAAGGGUAAACAAACUCGAUUCACGAAUUUUGACCCAUUAUCUCUGCUUCCUCCGUCCUGGGACUACUGGACAUACCCUGGUUCCCUUACGGUCCCACCUCUUCUUGAGAGUGUCACAUGGAUCGUUUUAAAACAACCUAUAAAUAUCAGCUCUCAACAGCUGGCCACAUUCCGCACUCUCCUCUGUACCGCGGAGGGCGAAGCAGCAGCUUUUCUGUUGAGCAAUCACCGUCCGCCACAGCCUCUGAAGGGCCGAAAAGUGAGAGCCUCUUUCCAUUAA